GCAAUAUGUGACGACAACAUGGCGACAAUUAAACUGGAUGAUUUGCUUGGGAAGAAGAAGGAGGCUCCACAAGUUCUUGAUUUAUCGCAUAGCGUUAUUCAGUCAAAGGAAGAGUUUCACAGGCUACUUGACAAAGUUCCUGAGUAUAAGAUAAGGCCAGAAAAGGUACGACAAGAUGAUAUGAAAAUACGUGACAAGGACUUCAGUUUUCAUCCAUCAAAGCGAGAAAGCAAGCAACAGGACUAUACUUAUGCUAACCCAGUCCCACCUGACAUGCGUUCUGUAGCACUUGAAGACCUAAAUCCAGUAGCAAUUGACUGGAAAAUGCUUACGUCAAUCCGCCCCAAAUCCAAGCUGGAAGAAGAAAUGUUUUCUAGGCUGGUGACAAUGGGAAAGCUCCAUUUGUGUACCGCAGCACGAGAGAAAAGAGCAAGAAAUGCGUCAAGUCCCAUUCAUCGGAACAAGAACCGAGCAGGAAUUAUUGAAACACGAGCAGCAGUGUGCAAAGAAUGUGGAGAAGAAUUCUGCACUGGAGUCAGUUGCAGUGAUUUUCUGUAUGAAUCUUACCUGCGCACUGAUAUUGGAACUCUACAUAUAGAUCCAUCUGGGAAUGAAGGCCCAAGUGGGAGAGGCUCUUCACCCAACAGAGGAAGAACAAAGUCUGGAAAGAAGAAAAAGAAAAGGAAGCAAAAACAAUCAAGAAGCGCAAAGAGGAAAAAGAAAGGGAAGUCAAAACGUGGAAAGAAAAGUGCUGAAAAGGAAAAGGAGUGAUAACAAAUCAAAUUUUGGCUUAAAAAUUGCAUCACAUUCCAUGUAUACACAGUGCAUCUGAAAAGUAAAGGUAAAAAGGUAAAACUGUCCCUAUACUUAAUUCGUCACCACGCCAUAAAGAGGUAUGGAGGUGUAGAGGUUAGCUCUGUAUGGAGGUGAGUGGUCAGCUUCAUGCUUCUGCCACUCUAUCCCUGGGGAAAGACACCGAAGUGCCAUCGGACAGGAGGCUUGGUGGGCCCCAAAGCCAGUCUGGACACUGUGAAGAAAACAAAAAUAUCUAGCCCUGCCAAGAAUCAAACUCCAGCAAUCCAACUUGUACCGUCACUAUACCACAUGACCGCAUGGGACAAAAUCCACCCCCCUCCAAAGUUAAAUCAAAAUGAGCAGGACUGACUAAGUGUUCUUGUUUGUGUUUGAAAGAGGGAGAACCAACAUUUCACAUGAACAUAUACACCCAUACCUAGCUCCAUUCCUACAAAUGUGACAAAAUACUUCUCAAAUGCGCUGUGUACUUAUUUUCAGUGAUAUUCCACAAUAACAGUGUGCAUGUAAUAGCUGAGCAAAAGACUGAAAUGCUUCCUGCACAGUAUGUAAUAAAACUAUGGAGUUGCAGGUUAUAUUGACAUCAAUAAGUGUCAUCACUGUGCAGAUACUACUUCUAGUGAUUUCUCACAUUCUUUUUCUUCGGGUUCAAUUGCCUUACGGAAUACUGUCACUGCUACAACCUGACAAAAAGUAUCAUGGCAUACAUUCAAGAGGAAAAGUCUUACUUAUCAGUAGUUACAACGUAAGUUGGAAAAGUUGGCAUGAAACAUGUAAUGAGUUCCAGAGGCCCCAUUAUACAAUAUAUAUACACAGUGUCCCAGGAGGAAUGGACCAAACUUC